CUCAGGUACAGACACGCCGCGGGACCUCACCAUGGAGACGGGCUCGCCUGAGUCUCUGUACCGAUACACCGGGGCCAGCGCACCGAUACCGAUACUGAUACAAAUAGAGGGGUUUCCCCACAGGCCCUUUGAAGCAAGGAUGGGAGUUAAAAGUGAAAAGAUCAGAAACGUGGAGUAGACUGGCUUGUGCGCCGUUAGGUUCACAUGCUCUAAAUGGGACGGAGACACAUGAAGACAUGGUAUUAAAUCUUAGAAGGUUGUGAAGUUAUUAACUGUAUCCUUCCACAAAAUCUGUCUGAGGAACUUUGAGGAACCUUCAAGAAAGCUUAAGCGAUAAACCUAGAUGCGAUCGAUUACUGAGUACACGUCCGGGGCUCUCUACAUUAACAACGUGUGAGAUAAUCGUUUCAUCAGGGAAGGAAGAAGAGCAAAGAAAUGAUAAGAUGCUGUGGUGAUGACCUCUAUGUGAACGGUUAAACAGUUCUAAGAGAAGCAAGAGAGCGAGGAGAUAAGGAGAAACACUUCAUAUACAAUGUCAUUUAUCAAAGAGACCAAGAGAAGCCUGACAUGGAUUUUAGCAGAGAAGUCAUGCAGAUUGUCUUUCUUGUUCUGCUCUUCUGUAGAUUGACAGACUGCUAUAGCGUCAUCUGUGCUGGACAUUUGACAGUGGAUAAGGACAUCAUUCCUAUGGGUUCCAACCUAACUGUCCACUGUAAGUCCAACACUGAGCAGUGUAACCGACUCUUCAUCAUCGAGCUCAAUGGACAAACCAUCCUGCAGAAAAACAGCUGCUCAAGUGUGACAACACAGCUGGUGGUCACCCAGCCCAAAUUCAGCCUCCACUGCAAGGUGAAGCAGGGGAGGACAGUUCACAACGUGUGUGGACGGGACAUUGUGGCUGACCUGAUUCCAAGUGCUCCACAUAUCAAGACCAUUGAGUUCACUAAAGGUUCCUUGUCUGCCACCAUCCACUGGCAGAGCCCAGACAACAUGGAGCUUCUGAAACCCAAGCUGAGGUUCAGGAAAACAGAUGGAUCUUCAGUCUGGAUGACAGGCAAAGUGAUUCAGCAUUACAAAGGAAAAGUAAUGAUGCUGGAUGAUUUGGAGCCGCUAACUUCUUAUGAAUUCGAGCUGCGUGUCUGCACAAUCUCACUGGAGAUUAACUGCAGCCAUUGGAGUGAACCAGUCAGAAAAAACAGCUCUGGACAAGCACCUCUAAACAAGCUUGAUGUGUGGAGAGUCAUAAGAAGAAAUGAAGGGAGUGACACACUGAAUGUGACGGUAUUGUGGAAGGCUCUUUCUUCUGAAGAUUAUAAAGGAGACUUGCUGGGUUAUGAGUUGGUUUAUAAAGAGAAGAACACCACACACACUCUGAACUGCUCGGUCACUACUAUCCAGUAUACACUCCAGCUGCACCACGAGGUGACAAGGGUAAAUGUAAGUGCGGUCACAUCAGCAGGGAACUCUCCACCAGCUCCUGCAUGGCUGAUUUGUGCAGAAACCCCAGUUCCAACAUUACACUUAAGUCAAACAGCAGAGGGCAGAAUUCACCUGGACUGGAACUCGUCUCAUCAGUCCUACAUCAACAUCUCCGAGCAAACAUCAGGUUUUGUAGUUCAGUGGCAAACUAGCCCAUUCGAAGUGCAAUGGAAGAGGAUUAAAAAAGACAAAAUCUCAACAUUUAUUGAUGACAUACCACCUUGCAGUACAGUGAAUGUGUCACUGUAUGUUGAAAGCAUCGAGGGAGUAUCACGUCCUGUUUCUGGACAAAUUCUUGUGAAAGAUCGAAAGAGUCCACCUGGCCCAGGACACAAUGAUAACAAAAUACCAAAAGGGGAAUAUAUUGUACCUGAUCCAGUUAAGUCUGCUGCUGAUGGGCCUGGCGAUAUGGCAGUAAUUGGGAUCUGUGUAAUGGCUGUGGUUCCAGUAUUCAUCCUGAUAAAUCUGAUGUACCUAAAAUGUGCUCGAAAAAGAAUAAGGAAUGUAUGCAUGUCAGUGGGACCUUCUUGGCUUUUUCCAACUUUGCCAAAACUUGGAAACAGCAACGCUAUCAAACUGCUGCAGAAUGAAAAAUAUGGUUCUGAAAUAUGCUGGCAGCCACUGGACAGUGAUCCACCUUUAUCUCCAGUUGAGGACUUCAGUCCAUCUGUGGAACUGAGGGAUUGUUACCCUGUUACUCAUACAGAAGAAACCACAGACGAGAAAAGGGUUGAGCAGGACUGGGCAGUGUGUGCCUAUAAACCACAAAUCUCAAUUGUUUCUCAAAGAAUCGAGUCAGUCUCUGAAACAGCAGAAACAGAAGAAGAUGAGCAUCCUUGGCCAGUCUUCUCACCUGGCUUCUUUCCAAGUCAAGGUAUUCAUGGACCUCUGAAAAGCUGCUUGACUGUGGACGGAACACCAGUAUCUGUGGAUGUUGUUGAUGGUGUCUUUUUUAUAACUCAGAGUACUUUGGAAGAAGAUGUGUGGAGUGUGGCAGGAAAUGUGGCAUUUGCAGCGGCAGGAAAUGGUGAAGAGAACUCAUGUCAAGGCCAGACCGUGCUGCCCAAUGACUUUGUGAAGUGCUUGAGAGAACCUUCCUGUAAUGUCAGGCCUCACUUACCAAAAAGUGAGCUAAACCAGAGUUGCAUGUCCAGACAGCUCUAAAUACUUUACAGACUGAUGAGCAAUUACCACUGUACUGAGCAGUUGUUUGGGGUCAUUGUUUAAUAUCUGAACAGGAUUUUCUUCAUCAUUCGUAGACUAAGCCUAUCUGAGCUCAGUUGUGGAGAAAUGAAAAAAAAAAAACAUUAUGUUUUAUAAACUAAACUAGACUUUGUAAGGCUAUUAAAACUUUAUGGAUGUUUUUGGGACCUUCACCAGUGUCACCAGGUCAGAUAUACAACCACAGUGACACUACUUUUAGCAUUAAUUUCUGUGGUAUUUCUGUGAGGGAAAUGUAUACAGCCCUACAGGUAUUCUGUAAAUAUAAACCAUAUGGUGUCCUAAAUUCAACAAUUAUGUUUGUUUCAGAAUAUUUCAACUCCUAUUCACUACUAUUUCUGUAACUUUACCUUAGGAAUAAGGCAUUAAGAUGCUGUGAUGUAACACUGACAGUGAUUGAUAAGAGUUAGUAUAACAUUUGUUUAACACACAAGACGCUUCCAGAUGUAAUACAACAUUAUAGGUUUAAUAUGAAAAGGCUAUUUAACAAUAAGGUUUUGCAUAAGCCCAGACAUGGGCAAAAGCAAAGCAGAAACUCUAGAGUGAAGCAAAGACUUCAAAACACAAAUUAAAUCUUAAAUGGGAUGCAAAGCAAAAAUGCAGAGACAAAACUUGGUCAAAUUACAAAGUCAGACAAGGCAAACAGGAAAUAACACUGGUAACUAUAGGCAGAAUGCAAAGAAGCCAUAAAAACAAGUGCAUAUACUGUACAUACAUAUACACGGGUGAUAAUGAUCAGCACUCUGGAGAUGAUGAGCAGAAAAAACAGUUCCUGAUUUUUGGGUUGUGAUCUGGUGACCUUGAUUUUAGGCUAUGAGGGAUCUUUGAGUAAUGUACUGAAGAAAACUGACAAGGCUGAGGGAGAAUCCAGAAGUGUUACACUUAGAGACACAAAUAGAAUAGUUUGGUUCUUUUUUUUUUAAGGAGGUGAAGAUUUAAAGAAUGUAAAUACUAUACAUUUGUUUUCAUUGUUGUAUAGAUUUUACAUGUUUUUAUUUAGGUCUGUUUAGGUUGAUUAGGGACAUUUCUCAUAGUGCUGAACUGAAAAAUUUAAAUGGAAAUCAGUACUUUUGAAUAAAGGGUUCUUCAGUUGUGCAUUUCCAA